AUGAAGCACUCAUGGAUCUUAUUGACUUGCCUGGUGCCAGCAUGGGGGUUGACACUACACCAGCGCGACAAUCCCGCUGUGGUGCAAAUGGACAUUCAGCGGAAAGAUGUGGUUGAUCCCGCCACAAGAGAUUGGAGGAGAAAGCGUUCGACAACUGUGACUCAAUCUUUAGAUAAUGAGGAAACAUUAUACUAUUGCAAUAUCACAUUGGGUACUCCCGAACAAAGCCUACGUCUCGUCAUCGACACCGGAAGCAGUGACCUAUGGACCAAUUCACCAAACUCGACUCUUUGCGAAUCUUCCUCCAGUCCCUGCGAAUCUUCGGGCACUUACGACUCGAGUUCAUCCUCUUCGCAUACCUUUGUGUCCUCCGACUUCAAUAUUAGCUAUGCCGAUGGGUCCGGAGCCGCCGGUGACUAUGUGACCGACACUCUCACUAUCGGAGGAACAACUAUCAAGGACUUCCAGUUUGGCAUUGGUUUCACAUCAGGCUCUACAGAGGGUGUACUAGGUAUUGGAUAUACUGCCAACGAAGUACAAGUUGGCACCGGCGCUUCGUCUUAUGCCAAUCUUCCCAAGGCAAUGGUUCAGAACGACAUCAUCAAAUCGAAUGCAUACAGUCUCUGGUUGAAUGACCUGGAUGCGAGCACAGGCUCCAUCCUGUUUGGCGGAGUGAACACCGCCAAAUUCCACGGCACACUACAGACACUCCCAGUGGAGAAGGUCGAUGGACAGUACUCGGAAUUUAUUAUUGCUCUCACUGGACUUGGGGUCCAGAACUCGUCUGGUCACCACGCCUACUCCUCGAGUGCACUCCCCGCAGGUGUGCUCUUGGAUUCCGGAAGCUCCCUCACAUACCUCCCGGAUGCCCUCGUUGAGGAUCUAUACGAGGACCUCGAGGUUACAUACGAGUCCUCCAGUGGAAUUGGUUAUAUUGAAUGUAGUAUGGCCUCGAAGGACGUCAACGUUUCCUACACAUUCUCAUCGCCCACGAUCACCGUGGGACUCAACGAGCUGAUUAUUGACGUGGGUGAUAUAUAUUUCCGCAACCGCCAGCGAGCAUGUGUCUUCGGUAUUGUUCCCGCAGGAGACAGCACCUCUGUCUUGGGAGAUACUUUCCUGCGCAGUGCCUACGUGGUAUACGACUUGGCCAACAACGAGAUCUCUCUUGCCAACACCAACUUCAAUUCCACCGAGAACAAUGUCUUGGAAAUUGGCACUGGUACCGAUUCAGUCCCCAGUGCCACCGUGGUCGCCAAUGCAGUGACCACCGCGCCUGUUGGUGGCUCUGGGGCUCGCAUUGGAGGUCCCGAUGGGGGAUCGGGGAUCUUUACCACCAUCUCCGAGACUGGUAACUGGGCUGUCCCAAGGGCAACCGCUAUGCCAAAGCACUUGGCAUUUGGAAUUGCCGGUGCUGGAGCUCUGUUGGCCCUAUAA